GUGGGGAUUAACGCAGUAAAACAGCCUAUGGCAACGACUACCACAAGCGUGCAAGAGGAACGUUAACGUUAAAACGUUAUUCGUUAUGUUCUAUGUUAUUGUCGAAGCCGGUCGACGGUCGUGAUGAUGGUACUCGUGUCUGUGUCUGUCGAUGAGGUCGAUGAUGGAUCGCGGUCGCGGAAUUCCAAUUGCCAAUUCAGCUUCAGUUCGCCAAGUUUCACCCGACGAAUCGUUGUAUUUUUCGCCGGUAUUUCGGGUAUUUUAGUUUAGUCACUCCUCACUCGCUGUCGCUACUCGCUUUAGGUACCUGAUAUUGUUUCUCGCGUACGUGUUCGUUACAAUUAAGUAAAACCAUUAGUCAAUUAUCGCGUUUACGUGGUCGGUGGUGGUACUCGUACUUUUCCUUUUUUGCCCACUACCACUAUCGUCGUAGGUAUUCACUAUUCACUCGUACGCUAACGUAAGUUGAUUCGAAUAACGUUACAUUGUAUAGAUUCGCGAAAAAUUGUCACUUUUUUCCAUUUUCCACCGAAUAUUACUAUAGAUAGGUACUCGUAAUUUAAACUUGGCGCGGUGUAUCGGUGUGUGUGUCUGUGUAGUGUGUACCUCGUCUACGGGUGUGUUAGUGUUUUGCAUACUUACGCAUGUGGCUGACUAGUGACUGGCUGACGAAGAAGAAAAAUGAGCACGUAAACUAAAUUACUACCAUUGUCGAUGCAUUUAGAUGCAGCUCAACUGAUACAUAUUACAUACCUAUCUACUCGCAUCAAGGUACUGGCCAGUGGCCACUGGACUUGGGCUACCUUCUCUACAAACUACCUAUACCUACCUAUUGAUUUUGGGUCGGCUCGCAAUUCGCAAUUCGCAUCGAUACGAACGAAUCGCAUUCGCAGCCUGUUUCAGGUGAAAUCGCUUAAUACGAGUACGUGCGAUUAAUGGACAACUGGCUACUGCGCUGAUGAACUCGAUUAUCGAGAAAUAUGAUGUGCUGGCUAAGCCGUGGCUGUGAAAAUUAUGGGCGCUAGCAUCAGUCAAAGACCUAGCAAAUGCUUGAAAAAUGCGCGCAGACCUCGAAGAAGUAAAUCCGAAGAGUGUUUGGGUUCGAAACAUAGCGUGACGAUGGGCAGACUUUUCGCGCCGUGGCAUAAUCUAGUCAACGUCGCCGAUAGCCGUCUCCGUCUCAACGCAAACGCCGCAGCCAAAAUGCUGGAAUUGGCCGCCACAGACAAGGCAGUUUCUUACGAAAUGGAGAAAAGCUUCAACGAAAUACAUCGCAGCAAUUCGUUAGAUAAGACCUGCAGUUUCCACGAUGAUUACGUCGUCGACGAUAAAACCUUCAUCGACGACGAUUACUCCGGCGACGAUCGCGAUGGGGCGAACGCCGAUAUCCACCAGUUGUUUAAUUUCAACCAACGCAAACUCGUCAUUGACGUUAACAAAGAUUCGAUUUUCGAAGUCAAUUUACGUAAAGGAAGUCGCGGAUUAGGAUUUAGCGUUUUGGAAUACGACGGUUUCAUUUUCAUCAAGCAGCUGUUUCCAUUGGAAGCUGCUUCGCAGUCUGGUCUAUUGCAAGAAGGUGAUAUUAUAUUAUCCGCUAAUGGAAACGCUUUAACACAUUUAUCCAGUUUUGAAGCGUUGCAAAUAUUACGUAAAUUGGAUAAUGCCGUUACACUGAUCGUGUGUCGUUUGCAACAGUUUUCCACGAAGAAGCCGGUAUCUUCUAGUCAAAUGUUUUCGAAUUUUACUCCGAUGACGUACGAUUGCUGCGUACAGCACAGAGAAUUCGAGAUUAAAAUGAAAAAAAUCAACGGUAGUUUGGGUUUCACACUUAGAAAAGACGAAGAUGGUCUUCGUAGUCAUAUCGUUCGUGCUUUAGUCAAGAAACCAGCUAUUUGCGACGGCAGAAUUAAACCCGGCGAUCAAAUUAUCAGCGUGAAUAACAGAGAAAUUGGCGAAAUGAGUCAUCAAGAAGCUGUGAAAUUCCUUAGAGACUGCGGCGACGAAGUUAGUCUGAGACUUCGUCGUGAAACUCUAUCGUCUUCGUUAACCUCGCUUAGUUCUAGUCAUUUUGAAGAUAAUAAUAAAACUUUGAGGAAAGAAGCUGUCGACAUGUUGAAUACUUUGGCUGUGAAAAAAUUGAAAGUCGAAAGCGAGAAUACGAAAAAUACGAGUAAUAUCGAUGAAAAUGAUGCGAUAUCAAAAAUGCAAUCGGAAGAGCAGUCCAAUCAUGAUUACGACGACGACGUCGACAAUGAUGAUGAUGAUGAUGAAGAUGAUGAAGCCGGUCUUUUCGAAGGAGCAUUUUCCACUUUAGUUUCUCAAAAAACAAGUUCGAUUUCCAAGAGAAUGCAAAACGAUUAUCUUCCGAAUGAAAAUCUCGCGGAGAUCGCCGACGAACCAGUAAGCCUACCAGCUUUAGAUAUCCACGGAGACAAAAUCAGUUUUCAACACAGCGAUCCUGCUUACCAUUCCAUAAAUGUGCCUGGUUUAUCCGCAAAAAAUUCGGAUGACACCUUCGCCCAGUCUGAACUUUCAUCCAUUCCUACAUCCGAUAAUAAAGGAUUGUUAAAGUGGAAAGGCGUCGUUCUAGAUUCGCAGACUGAAUCGGUUUCUAAUUUGCAGCGUAUGGACGCUACGUCAGAGACGAUCGUCGUUCAGUUACAAAGAAAUUGGAAUAGUCGACUAGGAUUUAGUCUGAGUUAUGAAAACAAUACCAGCGUAAUUAGUGCAAUUCACGCGAAUAGUGUUGCAGCGAGUGAUGGUCGUUUGAGAGUAGGCGAUCAAAUUUUGGAGAUAAAUUCGAAGAACGUUCAAAACUUGGAAACGAACGAAGUAAUAAAAUUACUUCGAACUGUUCGUGGUGCUGUUACUAUCAAAGUGAGCAGAAACCAUUUGAAGCAAAUUUAGUACUUGUUGGUGUGAAUUUACUUCCCCUACAUUUUCAGUUACCACCGUCAUAAGUAUACAAUUUCAUUCAUUCAUUCCUGCGAACAAGUUUAUUUAUUUAAUUUUCGUUUUAGAUGUGUAAGUUUUACCUAUGUUUGUUUUUAUCUUUUUGUUUCGAUUUCACUUUUACCUCGUUUACAGUCAAAUCUUUGAGAUUUUUUAAAUAUUUGAAUAUUCGAAUAAUUAAUUAAUAAUUACAUAUACAUACGCAUUACCGCGUUGAACGAAUUGUGAUUAUUAUUGUAUUAAGAAUUCUGCAGUUUUACAUUGCAUUUGCGUUACCUAGGUAUACCUAAUUUAUUUAUUAUUGUUUUGAAAGCAUUUCGUUUUUACGAUGUUAAUCAAAAUUUUCGAUUUAUUCCAUACCCGAACCUAUUUAAUAGCGUGUAGUAUCGUACGUAAUUAUCUACUUGAUGCAAUUUUAAAUAUAAUUCUAUGUAUCGUGUCGACACCUAUUUUAAUUGUUCUACUGUUUUCCCUUUUAUUUUUAGUCGGUAUAUAAAAAUCUUUACGUCAA